AGAUCCGGUUGCAGAGGCUGGCCCACAGCUGCCUCGGCGUCUCCAAGGGGAUGAAAAGGCCCUGGACCAGAAUGGGGGCUGCUCAGCAAAAAAAAGUCGCCGCCCCCUCGGCUGAGAGGUUUUGCUUUUUAACUCCUCGUGCAACUAGGGUUGGAGGGUUUCCGGCCGGAGGCCAUUAGAUGGCACGCCCGGAAGGCGGAAGCCUAGGACGGAAGUGGCCGAGAGGAACGGAGAAUGGCGGCGGAAGGCCUGAUUUGGCGCUGGGGCUGGGGCCGGCGGUGCCUGGGAAGGCCUGGGCUUCCCGGCCCCGGCCCUGGCCCCAUUUCAUUUCUGCUUCUUCUAUUUCUGGGGCCGGUGGCUUCAGACAUAACUGACGGCAACAGCGAACACCUCAAGCGGGAGCAUUCGCUCAUCAAACCUUACCAAGGGGUCGGUUCCAGUUCCAUGCCCCUCUGGGACUUCCAAGGCAGCACGAUGCUCACGAGCCAGUAUGUGCGUCUGACCCCGGACGAGCGAAGCAAAGAGGGCUCUAUCUGGAACCACCAGCCCUGCUUCCUCAAGGACUGGGAGAUGCACGUCCACUUCAAAGUCCAUGGCGUAGGAAAAAAGAAUCUCCAUGGAGACGGCAUCGCCUUGUGGUAUACCCGGGACCGCCUGGUGCCAGGUCCUGUGUUUGGAAGCAAAGACAACUUCCAUGGCUUAGCCAUCUUUCUGGACACAUAUCCCAAUGAUGAUACCACAGAGCGCGUGUUCCCGUACAUCUCGGUGAUGGUGAACAAUGGCUCCCUGUCCUACGACCACAGCAAGGAUGGACGCUGGACCGAGCUGGCGGGCUGCACUGCUGACUUCCGCAACCGCGAGCACGACACCUUCCUGGCUGUGCGCUACUCCCGGGGCCGCCUGACGGUGAUGACUGACCUCGAGGACAAAAACGAGUGGAAGAACUGCAUCGACAUCACCGGCGUGCGCCUGCCCACCGGCUACUACUUUGGCGCAUCGGCUGGCACUGGUGACCUGUCUGACAAUCAUGACAUCAUCUCCAUGAAGCUGUUCCAGCUGAUGGUGGAGCACACACCUGAUGAGGAGAACAUCGACUGGACCAAGAUUGAGCCCAGUGUCAAUUUCCUCAAGUCUCCCAAAGACAACGUGGAUGACCCGACAGGGAAUUUCCGCAGCGGACCCCUGACGGGCUGGCGGGUGUUCCUGCUGCUGCUGUGCGCGCUCCUGGGCAUCAUCGUGUGUGCUGUGGUGGGGGCCGUGGUGUUCCAGAAACGGCAGGAGCGGAAUAAGCGUUUCUACUGAGCAGCCGGUGCUCGGCUCGGGCCUGAUGAAUGUGAACUUUUUUUUUUUUACUGGGAUUGUAAAAGAUAAAACAAGAUGACCUUAUUUCUUAACCAUUUCAAAGAAAUAAUUAAAGUAUUUUC